AACAAAGAUCUGUUUCAUAGUAUCAGAGAUGAGUAGGUUGUCUAUAGUAAACAAAUCGAGAGGUUAAUAAAUAACUAAUGAAUAGUACCGAAGUAUGCCAAAAUAAUUUCAUCAGCUUGAAUUUAACUGACAAUCAGUUACAGCAAAGAGUACUUUCUGAGUCACAAUAAGUUAGUGCUAAAAAUGGAGAGUACACCCUAUCAAGAUGAGAAGUUUUCUUGCGACACCCUCAGGAUUUCUCAUCUUCCUUCAAAUCUGACCAAUUCCCAACGUGAGAGUUUACUGCAAAAGUUUGGUGCAAUCAAAGUAAAAACUAUCAACAAAUCUGAGAAAUAUGCAAUUACAUUUGCAAAGUUUGUGUCUAAACAUGCCGCCACUCAAGCCUUAUUUCGGCUUCAUCAAUUGCAAGUACGCGGACAGCGUCUUUCGGUUGAAUUUGCUAAAAAGAGUAUUUCCGAUUUUUCUGUUCAUGAAUCUCACAAUUUACAAAGUUCAAAGGAUGAAGGCACCAAGGAAGAAUCAACUGAAUCAAACUUCCAAACAUUUCUUAACAAGUUGAAUGGUUGGGCGUUCAGUCAAGUUCUUACACAGCCCCCAUCGCCCAACAUUUGGUACAAGUACUCUCCGCCCACAGCCAACACUCUGUUGAGAAUAGCCAUUCAAAUGAUUAAGGAGCCAGUAUUCUACUGUCAGGUUCUUCAUUUAAUGAAUAAGAUGAAUUUACCACCUCCAUUCCAGGAAUUGGAGUCUGAAUUUCCAUUCCUUAAAGAUUGCUAUGAUGUGGAGAGAUAUAGAGAUAUAUUCGGACCGACUGUUGGUCGUAAUAGAAAGAACGAUGAUGAAACAGAAGAAAGUGAUGAAUCAGAGUUAGAGACUGACGAAAAUAUGGAAUUAAAGGCCAAAGAAAUCAUUCCAAUAAAACGGAAACGAGCCCAAUCUAGCAAACGUUUGAAAAUUCCAAAAUUUGUUAACCCAUUAAAACAAGCCUUAAAUACCAGUUCUGCAAAUCAGAAAGUAGUCAAACCGGAAGAUGUAUUUGAAUCAUUACAGAGGAGUGAAAGUAAAAGCUUAAAAAUUGCUCUCAAAGUAGAUUCAGAUUUGGAAAAACGAUUAGAUAUGGGAAAUGAAAUAAAUCCCAUCACUGGUUCUCCUGUGAUAACAUCCGAAGGAGAGGGUGGUUUCGGUCUGAUAUAUCCAGUGAAAAAACCGGAUGAUCCUGGUGCAAAGGAUGAAGAUGCACCCGUUAGUUCUUCCGCAGAGUUUAUUACAUCGGAGGAAUUAGUAGCUAAUCGAAUUUCUGUGAAUGAUCAAAGGCUACUGCCUGUAUUCAAGAAUUACCAUCCUGGAAAACCAUCGUGUCGUCUUUACAUAAAAAAUCUAUCAAAACAAGUCGAGUUGAAAGAUUUGGAUUACAUUUAUAAGAAGUAUGUGCUACCUUACAAUCAAGCUGAUGAGGAGGCUCCUCGGUACAACGUGAGACUCAUGCAAGAAGGGCGGAUGAAGGGCCAGGCAUUUAUCACAUUACAAACUAUUGAACAGGCUCGAAUUGCACUCGAAGAAACUAACGGGUUUAUUCUUAAAGACAAACCAAUGGUCGUUCAGUUUGCCAAAAUUGUAAAUAAACCGCAAACUUCCUGAAAACCAUACAGGAGAUAUGUUUUCAUAUAUGUUUAUCAAUUGAAAUAUUAUAAUGUAGAUAUGCAACAAA